AUUUUCCACUCCUCUUAUCCUCCUUCCACAGCCCCUACUGCCACUUACUUACGUUGGCCCUUAGCCCUUAGCCACUACACUUCAAUCACCCCAUGUCCAUCUUACCCCAUCACAAGUACCCAUUGAGGUGCUCAUCUCACCACCAUGCCCAACUGGCACACCCUCCUCUCACCACACAUGUUCGUUGCGCCGCCACCACCACCACUACCAAGCCUGUUGGAACCCUCCGCCCCAGCUCGGCUGUACCAACGGCUACCGAUCCCGAUUUGCAAUCAACAUGGACACACCGCACGUGGGUUGCGACUGGGUGCACUUCCGUGCUUGUUUCUCUAGCAAAAUCAGCCAUGGCUGCUUCAGAGACAAGCCCAACCAUGUGGCUUGAGCCCCUUCUCGCUUCCUACCUUGGCUACCUCCUCGCCGACCUUGGCUCUGGAGUCUACCAUUGGGCAAUCGACAACUACGGCGACGCCUCGACCCUCGUGGUUGGGUCUCAAAUCGAAGCCUUCCAAGGCCACCACAAGUGGCCAUGGACGAUCACAAGGCGUCAAUUCGCCAACAACCUCCACGCCCUUGCACGGGCGGUGGCAUUCGUGGUUGUACCCAUAGACCUCACAAGCAACGAUAUGGUUGUGAAUGCCUUUGUAGGAGUCUGCUCCGGGUGUAUAAUGUUUAGCCAACAGUUCCACGCGUGGGCUCAUGGUACCAAGAGCCGUCUUCCUCCAUUAGUGGUGGCGUUGCAAGAUGCAGGUGUGCUUGUCUCACGCACACAACAUGCCACGCACCAUCGCCCACCUUACAACAACAAUUACUGCAUAGUGAGUGGAGCAUGGAACGAAUUUCUGGACAGGCAAAGAGUGUUUGAGGCGUUGGAAAUGGUUUUGUUCUUUAAGUUUGGGGUGCGGCCAAGGUCCUGGAGUGAGCCCAACCCUGAAUGGACAGAAGAAAGUGAGAUCACUUCUCUCCAAACUAAACCACACUUACGUGAGCCACAAGACCUUGUUUGUACAUAGAUUCUUUAUGGGCUUAAUUUGUAUGGAUUUGAUAGAUUCUUUCUUUUGAACCAAUCAAGCCCUUCUUGGGACUUCAAUAAAAUAACCAAGAUAACUGAAGGAUUUGUGGUUCAAUUCUGGCAGAUUCCGGCCAAUUUGGAUAAGAAUCGGUCAGUUCGAUUUUCAGUUCUAUGUUUUGAAACAUUGUGAAGGCAAAUAAUGAAAAGCAGUGUAUAAGGCUUACUUCCAAACCAGAAAAAGGGGAAAAAAAAAAAAUGGUGUAAGGCUUUCUUGAAAA